UUCCAAGAAUUAUACAAAAAGCACUAGAAAAAUUUAGUGAAGUAAAACAACAUUUGGCUGAAUUAUCUCAACUCGUACCUUAUCAACAAUACUAUAGAUAUAAUGAUUUGUGGAAUCGAACAAUUCAAACCUCAUUAUAUCAAGCUGAACUUAUAAUAUAUUUAAAAUUUGAAAAAUUAAUUUCUUUGGAAGAAUUAGAAAAUUUAUGUGGUGUCAAAGUAAACUUAAAUAAUGAUAUACAAACUUUUCAUAUAUCAGUUGAAGAUAUUCUUCACAGUUUUAUUGCUUUAACUAACGAAUUGUCACGUUUAGCUGUAAAUUCAGUUACAUCAGGUGAUUACAAUAGACCUUUAAGAAUUUCAAAAUUUGUUAAAGAAUUAUACACAGGAUUUCAAUUAUUAAACUUGAAAAAUGAUGCAUUAAGAAAAAGAUAUGAUGCCAUUAAGUAUCAUAUUAAGAAAAUUGAAGAAGUCGUUUAUGAUAUUUCAUUAAGAAACCUAACUGGAUCGACUGAAGUUCCUCGUAUACAAGAAGAAUGA